CUGGCCUCCAUCACCCGCGAGGACUUCUCCGAGCUGGAGAACUUCUCCGAGAUGAUCAGCUUCAAGUCCAUGGAGGACCUGGUGAACGAGUUCGACGAGAAGCUCAACGUGUGCUUCCACAACUACAACACCAAGACCGAGGGCCUGGCGCCCAUCCGCAACCAGGGCCACAGCCAGGAGGAGGAGGAGCGGCUGCAGGACGAAGAUGUGUGGGACGCGCUAACCGACAACUACAUCUCCGCCUGGGACGGCCCCAAAUCCGAGGGACUCAACGGGAACCUCUCCGACCAGGAGGUCAUCGAGGAGAUCGUGGAGAUGAUGGAGAACUCUCCGGAUCCCGGGGAGACGGAGGAGGAGGAUGAGGAGGAGGUCAGCCACUCUUCCUCCCGCACCAGCCCCUCCCUGCUGGAGGAGAUCCGGCAGCUUGUGGUCACUCGAUCAGAGGCCCAGAAAUGUGUUGGGACCUCUGUGGGAAAAGGGAAACGUCCAGGCCUGAGCCUGAUGCCCGGCCCGGUGCUCCUGGACCUGCUCCACCGGGUGGAGUCGGCCAUUCGGGGCUUCUCUGAGGAGCUGGUGGGGCAGCUGGCCCGCCGCGACGAGCUGGAGUUCGAGAAGGAGGUGAAGAACAGCUUCAUCACGGCGCUGAUGGAGGUGCAGAACCGCCAGAGGGAGCAGCGCGACGGCAGCCGCCGCCGCCGCCGGGACAAGGCCCUGAGCCUGCAGGGGGGGGGGGGCGGGGCCGAGGGCGGGGCCACGGUCGCCGCGGGCAACGCCAGGACGGGCGCCAUGCCGGUCAAGGGGCGGUGCUUAGGAGGUCAACUGGCGUUUGGCUGGCGUUUGGCUGGCGUUCGUCUGGCGGUCAACUGGCGUCCGUUUGGCGUCCAUCUGGCGUCAAGUUGGCGUCCGGUUAGCGUCCAGUUGCCGUUUGGCUGGCGGUCAACUUGCGGUCAACUGGCGGUCAACUGGCGGUAG